AUGGCGAGUUCAGCCGACGAUCGUAGCAAAGUCGCUGGCGACCCAGGAUAUCCGAGGUUUUUCCCUCAAUUCAAACACUACACAUUUGAAAUUCGUUUCGUUAUCGUGUCUUUCCAGGGAGUGCGACUUCUGCCAGCCCAGCGUCGAAUUCUCGUCGAGCGCUCAGUUCUCCCAGCACUUGCGCGCCUGCCAUUCCGUUCAAGAAGGCGGCAGCUUCCUCUGUCGGUUCGUGCAGCUAUUUCAUCGCAUUUCAAAUCAUUUGAGUAAGAGAAAAGUUAGAUAUGAACUGGUUUAGUGCGGAAGUUUUCUAAAAAAUUCAGUUGCCACAAAGGGAAAAAAGCGAGCCAUGAAUAUGUAGAGAGUUAAAAUGUAGGAAACUAACGGAUUGUUGUCAUAUUUUUCUGCGAAAAGCCAAUAUGAAGUUUUUUUUUCUGAUUUUUACGUCCGGAAAAAGUUCAAAAAAUGUUUAUCUUUUUAUUUUUCAUGAUUUGCUGCAGAUAUGGCGACAACGGCGUCUGUCUCAAGUUGCCCAUCGAAGGCGUCUGCGACGUCGACUUUGAAGCUCACAUCAGACGGUGUCACCUUUCUCGUCAGUUUUUCUUUCAAGAAUAAAACCUCUUUCUUAUUCAAGCGUCGUGUGAAAGAAGAAACAUGGGAAUAUUGGGAGGAAUUCGGAUAUUUUUACGAAAAGAGUUGAUUUAAAAAGCAUAAACAAUAAAUCUUGUGAUACAGCAAAAUAAUUUUUUUAGUUUGGUCUUUUUGAAAAUGUUUUUCAUGUUACCAUCGAGGUAAUGUAGAUGUAGUUGAAAAAUUGACAGAAGAUAUCUUUUUUUUCAAAUAUACUCAAGCCAUCGUACUAAAGAACUUUUUUUAUUUUUACAUUCGCGAAUUUACCUAUAACUGAUUUCGCCUAAAUAUAAAUAAUGAAGCUGGUUUAUUCAGAAUUGAGAAAGAAAGUUUUUCAAGUAAAGAAAGGUUUGCGAAACUGCAAGGAAAACGUGCUUGACCAUCCUUUUUUAACCGAGUUCACGUAAGAGAAUGAACACAUUUAGACACCUUGUUUCAGCUUUUCGAUACGAAGGCGAGAACGAGAAAAUUUGGCAGGAACCGACCUCACACAAAAGUUCGACUGCAUCUCUCAAGAGGAGCUUCACUCUUUCCAGGUUUCUUCAUUGCUUUUUUAUUCAACCACAACAAUUCGAAUACUCGUGCAGACACUUGUUUUUACAUUUGAGUGAGGUUUUAUUGAGAAUUAAUUUUAGAAGAGGAACAAAUAAGUGA